AAUGAUCUUGCUGCCAUGUUGGUUUGCGAGGUGUGUUUUAUUUCCGAGGGCUGUUGCGGCUGAAUGUUUGGGCCCAUCCUUUACGUGUGUAUUUCCAGCUUUGCUGUUACGUUUUUAAGGAUUAGUCCUAGUCGAUUGAUGAAAGGAUUACUUGGAGACUGUUCGCCUUACCGGUGAUAGCUACACAACUGGGAUAAUGCACCAUGGAAAUGGGCCUCAGAAUGUUCAGCGGCAGCUUCAGAGAUCCAAGUCCAUUACUACUUCAGAGCCUGAAGAGCUGCAGCCACCACCGCUGCCUACAAGUACUCUUCCUCAGUCACCAGCAACCUCCUUUGCCCCUGCAGCCAGUCCCUCCGCUCCCCAAUCCCCCAAUUAUCAGAUAAUUAUGAGCCGAAGUCCAGUCACUGGACAGAACAUGAACAUUACUCUGCAGAAUGUCGGUCAGAUGAUGGCAGCAGCAAAUCCGCAGAUCACCCUGACGCCUUUGCCGCUUCCCAAUCCUGGAUCUCCCGGCUUCCAGCACAGUGCUCAGCAGUGGAGAUUUGAGCAUGCGCCACCUUCGUACAUUCAAGUCACAUCUCCUUUGCCGCCACAGAGUCCUUCUCCACACAGUCCAGUACCAGUGCAAAGGACGGUUGCGCCUGGCACUGGAUUAACUGUUUGUGGGCAAAGUCCAACGCGAGGCUUGAUGGAUACAAGAAUGCUUGUGCGGCAGAUAAGUAUCAGCAGUCCUUCUAGCACUGGUCCCUUUGUGUACCCGGAUGGAGCUGGCUUGACCCAGUUAGCGUCAAGCAGUGCUGAGCAAGUACAGCUGGCUUCUCCUGGUACGCCAGGCACUGUGAGGGAGCGGAGGCUUUCUCAGCCUCACUCCCAGACUGGAGGAACUAUCCAUCACUUGGGCCCACAGAGUCCAGCAGCCAGUGGGGCUGCCAUGCAGACCUUAGGAAGUCCUGGUCAUAUCACCACGUCUAAUUUACCUCCACAGAUCAGCAGCAUCAUCCAGGGUCAGCUCAUUCAGCAACAUCAGGUGCAUCAUGGCCAGCAACUGAGUAGAACAAUUGGAUUUGAAAGAAGUCAGCAUGGCAUGUUAAGCAGUGUUGGGGGAGCCACUACACAAUUUGGUAUGACUUCCCCACUUCCCCCACCAAGCCCAUCUCGUGUUAAUGUACCACAGGGUAUCGUAAACCCUUCUCACACCCCAACCAGUGCUACAACAUCUGUGAAGAGGCAGCACAAGAAGCUGGAGGAGAUUGCUCCGGCCACAGCAGAAAUCGCCCUCUUACGGAAGCAGUGUCUGGAACAUCACACCAAGAAGAUGGAAGGGCUGAAGGAGGUCUUCAAGGAGUACCUCAUUGAGCUGUUUUUCCUGCAGCACCUUCAAGGGAACAUGAUGGACUUUGUGGCUUUUAAAAAGAAGCCGUGUGCAUUACUGUACACCUACUUAAGACAGAAUGACCUUGACUUGGAAGAUGACGAAGAGGAGGAGCAGUCUGAAGUCAUUAAUGACGAGGUCAAAGUGGUGACUGGGAAAGAUGGCCAGACAGGCACUCCUGUUGCAAUUGCCACACAGCUUCCUCCUAAUGUGUCCGCAGUCUUUUCAUCACAGCAGCAGCAGCAGUUCCAGCAGACACAUCAAGGCACUCCAGUAGCUGGCACAGCAAACACAGUGGAGAUUGAAGCAUUCAAAAGACAGCAAGUACUGGCACAAGCAGAUCAGGCUAAGAGGCCCAGGAUUGAAGUUGGUCGUCAUGGGAUGGUUUUCCAGCAUCCUGGUGUAGCACCUUUAGGAUCACCUGGGGUUCCUCUUCAGCAGCUUAUGCCAACCGUGCAAGGAGGGAUGCCCCCAGCUCCUCAGAAUGUUCAGAUUUCUGGUCAGAAGCAGAACCAGCAACAGUAUGAUCCAUCUAAAGGCCCCCCAGUGAAGAAUGCAGCCAGUCUGCACACUCCUCCACCACAGCUGCCAAACAGACUUCAGGCCAACAGUGUGCCUUUGAACACACUUCCUCCUCAACUUCAACUGACACAGCAGCAGAUGGUGGAGACACAGAUGCAGCCUCAGCCUCCUGUUAAAGUGCAGCAGCAGCCACCGCUAACUCCAGUGUCAAUGGUGAACAACACUCAAACACAACUCCAGACACAGCUUCAGCAGCAAAUGCAGCCUGGUCCUCAUUUACAAAUGCAGACUUUAAAACAGUCACAGCCACAAGUGCAGCCUGUUCAAGAGUCUGUAGGUUUAAUAAGACCUAAUUCCGACUCCUCCCAAGCCAGUCAGAGGCUGUUGCCAAAUUCUGCAGCACCCUGCACCAUAUCUACAGCAUCUCUUGGAGGAACAGUCUCAUCUACGUUUAGCUUUCCACCAGUAACCAACAGAACCUCUCCAGCAUCCAACAUGACGGUGUCCCCAGUUUCACAGUCUAAACUUACUAAUAUCCCUGGUGCAUCAGUGUCCAAAAUAUCUAACGUGAGUCAUAGUGCUGCAUCAGUGUCUCAGGACAACAACCAGGAAAAACAAGCUGAGCAAAUUAAACUGGAAAAUCACGUUCAUCAGCGAAUAGCCGAACUGCGCAAGGAGGGCCUGUGGUCAGUGAGCAGGCUUCCUAAACUUCAGGAAGGGGCACGCCCAAAAUCUCACUGGGAUUAUCUGUUAGAGGAGAUGCAGUGGAUGGCAGCUGAUUUUGCCCAAGAGCGAAGGUGGAAGAUGGCUGCAGCAAAAAAGCUCGUCAGAACCUGUGCACGGUCCCAUAAAGAACGGAUGGAAAAUGAAGAAAGAGCAAAGAAAGAAGGACCUGCUCAACUCAGGAGAAUAGCUGGUAGCAUUGCAAGAGAAGUAGAAUAUUUCUGGUCCAACAUUGAACAGGUAGUUGAAGUAAAACUACAAAUUGAUGUCCUUGAGAAAAAAAGGAAGUCUAUAUGGUCACGAAGGAAAACAAACAAAGACCAUGAUGCAAGAAAUCAUGAAACUACAUCUAAACCAGAAAAGGAUAAUAUUGGGAAUGUUUCACCAGCAGGAAGGAAAAGGAAAGUAAGCACCUCAUUUACCCAUGAAGCUGCAGGUGAAGAGAACACGAUACAAGUGGUUGAGAGAUCAAUGGAUCAUAAAACAGAGCUAACAAAAGAUGACGUGGACUUAACUCAUCCAGAGACCAUAUAUGAAGAAAUUCACAUAGAUUCACUGCUUAACAUUGACCAGUACAGAAGUACUGAGAGACUAAAUUCUUCUCAGACUGAUCCAAAGAAUCCAAAGAAAGAUAUUACGGAAGUUGCAGCAGUUGCUGAGCUUCUCCUCCCCAAGGGAAGUGCCAGGAUAGUUUCUGCGGUUCGCAAUGCACCACCCUUUCUGCUUCAUGGAAACCUUCGUGAAUACCAGCAGAUUGGAGUAGACUGGUUGUCAAAUCUCUAUAGAAAUCAGUUGAAUGGCAUUCUAGCAGAUGAAACCGGUUUGGGAAAAACUGUUCAAACAAUAGCCUUCCUAGCAUAUUUGGCUUGUAUUGAAGGCAACUGGGGGCCUCAUCUAGUCGUUGUCCGUACUUGCAAAAUCUUAAACUGGGAGAUGGAACUCAAACGCUGGUGCCCUGGCUUUAAAGUCCUCUUGUAUUUGGGCCACAAAAAAGAGCGUGAAUUAAAGAGAAGGAUAUGGUCAGAGCCAAAUGCUUUUCAUGUAUGUGUAACAUCUUAUAAACUGCUCUUAAGAGAUCGUAGAGAAUUCUUGAAGAGGAGGUGGAAAUACUUAGUUUUGGAUGAGGUUCAACUUAAUAAAAAUAUGUCUGAAAAGCACUGGAAUGCAAUUAUGUCUCUGAAAAGCCAGCGGAGGGUGCUGUUGAUUAACACACCUCUUCAGAAUACCUUAAAGGAAUUGUGGACAAUGGUGCACUUUCUGAUUCCUGGCAUUGCUCAGAAUUAUCUUGACUUCCCAGUCAAAGCUGGAACAGAUGAGAAUCAAGAAUAUUGUCAUAAACUUGUUAUUAGAUUACAUAGGAUGAUUCAGCCUUUUAUAUUAAGACGCACAAAAAGAGAUGUGGAAAAGCAGCUUCCAAAAAAAUACGAGCACAUUCUAAAGUGCAGACUCUCUAAGAGACAGAAGAUAUUGUAUGAAGAUGUUAUGACUCAAACUGCAGCACAAGAAGCCCUCAAAACAGGCCACUUUGUGAGUGUUCUUCAUGUACUAAUGCAGCUGCAAAGAAUUUGUAACCAUCCGGAUCUAAUUCACCCUAGAACAACGCAGUCAACUUAUAUCUUUGAUGCUCUACAGUAUAUUGUUCCGUCACUCAUUUUAGGGGCUUUAGAAUAUAAUCGUUGGAAGACUGUGGAUAUGUCCAUCUUUGAUCUGAUUGGCAGUGAGAACAGGCUGUCACGUUAUGAAACUGAAGAAGUGUUACCAAAACAGAAAAUUACCAGGAAAUUAAUUGAGGAAAUUUUUAGUUCGCCAGACCCACCAAACAGGCCAAAACCAAUGAAAAUAAAACCCAGCAGGUUGUUUCAGCCAGUACAGUAUGGUCAGAAACCUGAAGGCAAAACUGUUGUGUUUCCUGGAGCUCAAACCUCUCACGCCACAACCACUACAACCACAUCUGCUUCACAGCAGUCUCAGAUAAGAGGGAGAUCGCCAAUCACCACUGUUCCUCCUUCUCAAGGUGGAGAGAUAGUGAAGAUUGCUCAUCUCCCUUCUAUUGCUGGAAGUCAAAACAGAGUGUCUCCUCAGGAAGCUCCUGUGACUCUGCAGUUUCAGGGCAAUAAAUUCACCCUGUCUCCAAGCCAGCUUCGCCAGCUUACUACUGGCCAGCCUUUGCAACUACAAGGUACACUCGGCAAUAUUCUACAGAUUGUGUCCGCUCCAGGUCAACAAUUGAUGAGAUCUCCAGGCUCGGUUGUGAUGCAGACAGCCCCUCAGACCCCUGUUGUCCCAAAUGCGACAACAACUCCAAUCGGCCAGCACGGAGCUACAGCCCCCUUGACCUCUGCUGUUCAAGCAUCAUCAGCAGUUACAAGGCCUACUGUCACUGGUGCUAAUUUGAAGCCUUUAUGUGCUGUGGGCAAUUCUACUCAGGAAUCAUCUGAGGAAAAGACCCGCUUGAUCAAAGAGAAAUUGGACCGGUUGUUUGAAGUAAAUGAAAGACGUUGUAACCGGUCUCUUACUUAUGGUACAGACCUGUUAAAAGUAUGCUCGCUGUCUGGUAAUCAUUUACAGCCAAGGAACUUUACUGGAUUUGAUCAUUCCUGGCGCUGGAUUGGCAAUGCUCACUGUGUAAAUGCUCAGAACGGAUCUAUUCACACAGUUUCUUAUCUGAAAGAUGCCUGUGUAGCUUCUGAGCAGAGUCUAGCAGCAUUACAAGAAGUUACAAAGAGGUUUCACCGUAUUGUUCAGAUUGCCAUUGCAUUGCCUCCCCAUCUGUAUGCAAGUAAUCCUCCCCCACAUUACAGUGUUAAAAUGAAGCUUUUCAGGACGAGGCUUCAGGAAGAAGUUGCUCCGUUUACAAGGCAGCUUAAAAGCCUAACUUCAGGUUGCUUUGUAGAGAUGCCUGAUCUUCACUUACUGCAGAUGGAUUCAGGAAAACUCGAGGCCCUCUCAGUGUUGUUGCGAAAGUUAAAAUCUGAAGGUCGACGAGUGCUGAUAUUCACUCAGAUGGUGAAAAUGUUGGAUAUUUUAGAGUUGUUCCUGAAUUAUCUUCAGUUAACUUACGUCAGAAUUGAUGAAAAUGCACCAUUACAAGAUCAACAGGACAAAAUGAGGCAGUUCAAUAGGAGGAAACAAAUAUUUUGUACAAUUCUUUCAAAUCGAUGCUGUUCAGUAGUGGGCAAUGUCUUUGAUGCUGAUACAGUAAUAUUCUAUGACACAGACCUGAAUCCAACAAUGGAUUCUAAAACACAGGAUUGGUGUGACCGGAUAGGAAGAUCAAAAGACAUCCACAUAUACAGGCUUGAGAGCGGUAACUCCAUUGAAGAGAAGCUGCUAAAGAAUGGAACGAAGGAUUUGAUCAGAGAAGUGGCAGCACAAGGAACAGACUAUACUCUGGCUUUUUUAACACAGCGAACAAUCCAAGAUUUAUUUGAAGUGGAGUGUGGUUCAGGAGAAAAAGUGGAAGAAUUUGUAGUUCUUCACCAAGAACCAUCACCAUCUGAAUCAAUUUCACCCAAAAUUGCAAGACCUUACAUUCAGGCUUUAAACAGCAUAGGUGAAGAAAGCUUUUUUGAGGAUCCUAAAUACACUAAAGGAAUAUCUGAAAUGAAUGAUGGCAGCUCCAGUGAAAGUGAAUUCUAUGAAAAUGAGCCAUCUCGGUUAGAGGAAUUGGUAGCAGUCAUAGAACAGCUUACACCAAUUGAAAGGUAUGCCUUGCAGUACCUGGAAUUUAAUCACACAUCAUCCACAGUUCAAGAAGAGACCCGGGAAAGAAAAAGCAAUGCAAAAAAACUGUGGGAGAGUGAGCAGCUGAAAAAAAUUAAGAUUGAGAUGGAUGAUCAACUGAUGCUGGCAGAAGAAGAGGAGCUGUUAACUUACACAAGAGAAGAUGCUUAUAACAUGGAAUAUGUAUAUGACGGUCCUGAUGGCGAGACUGAAAUAAUGCCGCUGUGGACACCACCAACCCCACCUCAAGAUGACAAUGACAUAUAUAUAGAUUCUGUAAUUUGCCUGAUGUAUGAUAUGACUCCCAUGCCGGAAUCGAAAUUGCCUCCAAUAUACGUGAGAAAGGAGCACAAGCGUCUCAAGAUGGAUUCAUCAGCAGUAGGAAGGAAAAAGAAGCAGCGUCAUGGAGAAACUGUGAUUCCACCUCGCUCCCUGUUUGACAAGGCCAGCAUACUAAAAGUUCGUAGAGAGGGAAAAGACCAAAAGAAAAAUUUCUCCCUCAAACAGCAGGCUCCAUUUCCUAGACCUUUACCUUCGCUUGUGAAGCCUACUAGCGAUGUUGGGCAGGACAGUCCUGAGUGGCUUAUCAGUGAAGACUGGGCUUUGCUUCAGGCUGUAAAGCAGUUGUUGGAGUUGCCUUUGAACCUCAGCAUUAUUUCACCGGCACACACGCCAAACUGGGAUAUGGUCAGUGAUGUGGUUAACUCCUGCAGUCGCAUCUACCGUUCACCUAAGCAGUGUCGAAGUCGAUACGAAAAUGUGAUUAUUCCUCGGGAAGAAGGAAAGUUAGUCUAUGAGACUCCCAAAAAGAAAACUAAAAACCUUUACAAGGCAAAAAAUAACCGCCCCUUGCGCACCAGCCAGAUCUACAUUCAAGAUGACUGUGCCACACAUGUGCAGUUAUAUAACAGUCGCUUUGAAAUGAUGAAGAUGAUUGCUAGUAAAAGAAAUCCACCUCUCAAGCCAGUGCUAGGCAUGAAUCCUUUCCAGAAGAACCCCAAGCAUGCAUCCGUAUUAGCAGAGAGCGGAAUAAAUUAUGAUAAACCACUACCUCCGAUUCAAGUAGCUUCUCAGCGAGCUGAAAGGAUUGCCAAAGAAAAGAAGGCUUUGGCAGAACAACAGAGAGCCCAGCAAUUGGCUCAGCAGCAGCAGCAACAGCAGCAGCAACAACAACCGCAACAAGCAGGUACACCACAGAACCCACAGCCCACCGCCCCGCAAGCUCAAGCACAACAGCCUAUCCAAGUUUCACAGGCCCAGGCUACUGUUCAGGUUGCCAAUACUGUUGCCAACACAACGUUACUGCAGUCUGGGACAAUGAAAACGACACCUGUUGGAACAAGUCUGCAAAAUGCAACUGUUGGUGGAAAUGUCAUAUUAAAUACAUUACCAGGAGUCGCAGCAGCCUCCUUCCCAUCGAACAAACAGCGCCUGGCUUCACCAGUUAUAUCCAAUACUUUAACUAAUGCAGGUGCCUCCACUCCUCAAGUCUUACAUGCUCAACAGAGGACUGUGACAACUCCUGCUGCUCCAACUGAGGUGGUUGCCAUUGCAGCAAAUCAGAGUGUCAGAACUGUCGCACCUGUGACAGCUCCAGCAGUAGUUUCAACCACUCUUGCUCCAGUACAAACUCAAACCAGGCCGGCAGUCACGCAAGUCCCAUCAGCUGCUGCACCGGGAAUGCCUCUUCAUGCUAAUAAGCCUACACUUGCUCAUGCCCAGCUCUUAAUCAGACAGCAGCAGCAGCAGCAACAAGCAGCAGCACAGGUGCACAUUCAAGGCCAAGUGCAGGCACCAUCCACACAGAUCAAGUCUCUGGGCAAGCCAACUCAGGAUCAGCUGUUAAAGCAGCAACAGACUCAGCAGCUUGCUACAAUGGCGGGACCCAGAGGGGGUCCAGUCCUUACCAGUGCCGCUGCUGUCACCAGUCUACAAGUAACACGCAUGCCGGCAAGAAUGCCCACCACUCAGAUUCAGUCACAAGGCCAGAUCCCUACCCAGGCACCACAAACCGCUCAGGUCACAUUGACCAAAUCUCCAGUGGCUGUUGUGCCUUCUCCAGGAGUCACAUUGCCUGUAACGAUGGGAAAUAUCAGUGUUGCUAUUGGGCAGUCACAGAAAGCAGGAGGUCAGGUUGCAUUCCCACCAACGCUUCAACUUCUGCAGCUGAAGAAGCAGGGAGCAGCACAGGUGGCUCCACAGCAGAAAGCCGUGCAGCCUCAAGUUGGACAAGGCCAACCUGCAGUCCAGCAGAAGCUUGCUGCUCAGUCUGCUCAACCCCAGCAAAAAGUGGCCUAUGCAGCACUUAAAACACAGUACCUAGCGACCCCUGUUACCCAAGCACAGAAGUCAGCAGGAACGCAGCAGGUGCAGGCUCAGUUGCAGGUUGCAAAGCUUCCCCAGAUUGUCCAGCAGCAAGCAAUAGCGAAUAUCCCUCAGAUGGUGCCUGCACCACAACAGAUUCAACAGCCACAGACUGUGACGUUGUCCCAGGCUGCUGCCGGUGCCACCAGUUCUGGUCAGCAGCAGGUCCAGGUGAUGUCUACAUGUACCAUGCCAACCCAGGUGGUGCAGACUAAGUUAAUCCAGCAGCCCGUGGUGACUGCAACUUCCCCUCAGAUUCAGACACCUCCUCCACACAGCCCAGCUCAGACGCAGGUAGCUUCUGAUGCGCAGGCCAAGGUGCAGGUCAGAACUGCACAGGCUGUGCGGGGAAAGGCACCUACCAAACCUACCUAAGAAUUUCCUGCCGUGCAGAAAACCUUAAUACAGCAUGGAAUGGCAGAGGGAUACUUGCAGUGAAUUUAUAACUGUCCGUUUCUAAAGAAUGAUGAGUGAAGCCCUUAAUGCGGGCUUUCGUAUUGGGGAUUAAGUUAAUGUCUUUUUCACAGUGAAUUAAUUCUGCUGCAUAUCCAUAACAUGACGAAGCAAUCGGAACCUCUUUUCAUGUCAUUAUGUACCAGUAAACCUUCUACUUGGUCCGUCCACGCUCUGCUCCUGUCUUGUGCUGGUUACUACCAGGUAUGACUCGAGCUUCCUGCAGUCCUGAUAUGGAAUAUGCAAGUCUACAGAAUGGUUGGACAGAUGGAUGUUGAGCUGCUGUUCGCGAGUAAAAUGCUGUGAACCCUUUGCUAUUUGGGACUUAAUGCAUAUUCUUGGAGCGAUGUUAUUGAAAACAAACAGGCUUGGUUUUGUUGUCUGUAGUGGUCAUACUUGAGUCACUGGAGUUGUUUUUGCCCAAGGCCUUCUCUUGUUGUUACAAAUUAUGACAGUACUUCUUACUGUACUUCACCUUUUUCUUCUGUCCUCAUCUUUAUCAGACGUUGUUGCUGAACUGAAGUGACUCAAGGUAGAGGUGGUCUAAUAGCUACUAUAUAUACACGCCAGCCAAAAUCUUGCAACAUUUGUAUUGAACAGUAUUUGCAAAAGUUGUAAAGUGCUGGAUUGCAUUCAGCUUCAGAGUCUGAGACCUUGUCCACUGGCAAAUACUGAACAUUCAGAGGGUGUUUUAUUUGUAUGCCUUUUGGUAUAUAAUGAAGGUAUCUGUGAAAUGUGACCAUUAGCCCUACUUGGAUUGAACGGAAAUAGAAAUGGAAAAUGGGCAAUUAAUAAUGUCAUUUAGACAUGAUGUGGAUAUGCACAGGAGUAAAUUGCUUUGGGGUAAUAUGAGAGGGUUGGGGGGUCUUGGGACAGUUAGAAUUGUGGAUUAUUUGAGGGUAAGGGAGACUUUACUACAAGACAUGGGAUAUCUGUGUAUGUGUUUUUUUUUGUUUUUUUCCUUUUUUAUUUUACUGAAGAGUAAUUCAGUUGUUGUGAUAGAAACAGUUGUUAAGACAUUCCAAAUGUGGAAGAGUAAUUUGUUUCAUAAUGGAAUAUGAUUUUUUUUUCUUAUUUUUAGUGACAUUUGUUGUGUGUGCUUGUUCUCUCCCCUCUUUCUUCACUCCUCCAUUGUCUUACAGUAUUCAUGCAUUUCACCUUAAACAAAAUAUUUCUUUAUUUGUAUAUGUUUGUAUCCUGGUAUUAUAAACCAAACACUGUAAAGAAAAAAAAAAAAGACUAUAAAGUAAUGCAUUUGUACUUUUUUUUGUUCUCCUUUUUAACUGUGUAAAGACUUGUCUCUGUUUUGUAAAUAUGUAUCACUAAUUGAGUUGUUUGCAUUAUAAAAGUAUCAUUAUGGCUAUCAUUUAACUAUUUUAAACCUGUAAAUAACCCAGAAAAACAACAGAUUUGUACUUGUAAAGCAGGCUUCAACAUAGCUGUAAUUCAGUUUUUUCAGCCUUGCUAAAGGCCUAAUAAAUUGUACAUUUUUAUAGUGCA